AUGGGAGAUAAGGAGAAGAAGGACAAGAAAGAUAAGAAGGAGAAGAAAGAGAAGAAAGAUAAGAAAGAAAAGAAAGAGAAGAAGGAUAAAAAGGAGAAAAAGGACAAGAAAGACAAAAAAGAAAAGAAAGACAAAAAGGAGAAGAAAGAGAAAAAGUCUAAGAGCGAGAAGGAUUCCAAGGCUUCUGAUGGAGAAAGAUCUGACAAAGGCGAAAAAUCUAGCAAGGAUAAGGACAAGAAGAAAAAGGUAGAGUUCAAAGAGAAUUUGGAAGAAUUCCAAGAGACUCCGAAGAAAGAAACUCCGAAGAAUGUUAGUGAAAGGGUGAACACAGAAUAUUUCGAUAAAGUUUAUGAAGACAUUCAGCUAACGCCUUAUAUCAAAAGUGUUUGCAUUGACUUAACAGAGAAACAGAAUCAAAAAUGGACUGAGAGGAUCGGCAAAGAGGACACCUUUUACCCAGCCCCUGAAGGAGAACAUGACCAUAAAGCUCUGAUUCUCAAAUGGAAUGCACAAAUUACAAGUGGCCAACUUCUAAAUAAACUAGUCAGGCCAAAUGAUACUAUCAAAGCGAAAGAGGAGAUUAAGACAAACCUUCUCCAACUAAAGAACAACCCUGAUAACUUCAGGUUCUCUAAUGGGUUUAAAGGUCUUGAGAAUACUCUAGGCAGUGAUAAGAUAGACCUUCUAGCCAAGGACAAGCAAAUCCAAGAAGAACAAGUCAAGACAUACAGAGAGAAGACACCUGUAUACACUGAACGGAAAUAAGCUCAUGGAUGCUGUCAACAUUGAAAAACUACGCCAGAGCCAACACCUAAUAGAGAAGGUAGUUAAAACUCAAAGAGAUCUCAAAAUCAGCAAGAAAAACAGACUGCUUGAGCUAAAGAAAAAGGAAGAACUUCGAAAGAAAUAAGCAAGAAGAAUUAGAGCAGAAGAAGGAAGAGGAACGGCAAAUGCUGCUAGAAAAACGCCGUGAAGAACUUGAGGAGAAAAAGAAGCUAAACAAAAACUCUAUACACAGGGUUAGCUCCCAGGACUCCAAAGUUCUAAGAUACCUUAAGGAAAAACCACGGUAUCAGAAAAUGGAAAAAGACUUCAAUGAAACUUUGGAGUCAGAAGGCUUAUUGAAGAAGAAAAAGAUCCUUGCUUCCCUUCGGGAUCUGCACCAGCCGAUCAACAUGCGUGAGAUAGAAGAGGAACAGGACAAGUACGUUAAAAUGAUCCAGGAAAAUAACGAGAAAAAGAAGCAAGAACUCAUGGAAAAAAUUUAGAGAACAUGAGGAAAAAUACAACUAUAAGCGUUACCACGGGAAAUAUAUGGAGAGAUUUAUCGAGAAUGAGUGCAAUGAUAAAGAGAAGGAGUUCACUGAAGCCGAACGUAAAAGGACCUAUAGAGAACAGAUGAAGGAAUACGACUCCUUGAUCAAGGAAAAGUAUCACCCUGUUGUUUCAAGUAAAUAAAGCACAAGAGAUUGAGAGAAUAAAGGAAGAUUUAACAAUGGACCCCAGAGUUAAGGUCAGGCGAUCAAGUCCAAUCAUUCAUUCAGAUAAGGAAGAACUUAGACAACUAGCCAAGAAGAGGAAGAAGAUUAUGGAGUGGAAGAAUCCUUUGAAGCCACCAACUCCUGCUCCUCAGAAAGAAUUUGAAAAGAAGAAUUUCCUAAGAGACUUUCAGAAAGAAUUGCAGGAAGAAUUUGAAAGGACCGGUAAAAAGCCUAUUCCGUUUCAACGGAAUUGGGAAGAUGACUUAAGAGCGCAAUCUUUAUCUAAAGCUGAGAAAUAUAAUAUCGUGAAGGAGAAGGCAUCUAUUAUCGAAGAAACGGCCAAGCAAAAACAGAGGUUUAUUAAGAUCAAUGGUGGUGGUACAGCCAAGGACACUGAAGAGAUAACUGAUAUGAUAUUUGAUUCCCUAAAUGCAAAGCUGAGUCUGAUAAAAUCCUCUAUUGCAAACGAAGAAGAUGAGUAGUGUAAUUAAUAAAGUAAAAUUAUCUUUCAAA